AUGGCCAAACGGUACCGGGCUAACAUAAUGCGGGCCAUAAGCGGAACGACUGGGGGCAAGCCGAACCGCCGGUCAACCGCCUAUGCCGAGCGAAGGCCGACUGUUUGCCGAGUGUUUGGUGCUUACUGGGCCUUAGCACUUUUAAGGCUUACAAGUGCUUGCGGAAAUCAAAUAGGAAAUUGUCUGUAUAACACAAUUUACGAUGAUAUUAAAUCGAAAGAUCAAACUGGUCCAUAUUACAAAAAAGCUGUCAAUAAGUGGUUUAAUGUAACAAGAAACGAAAAAUGGGAACCUCUAUCAGUUUUAGUUGACACAGAACUUAAAGCAGUAAAUUCAACAAACAAAUUACCGUUUAAAUUUAAAAAUGUAGCUGCCAAGAGUCUUGGGGGCUCAGCAAACAACUGGGCAUAUGGAUAUACCAACACUAAUCAAACCCUUAAAACGGAAAUAAUGGACACAAUUAGGUCACAAGUAGAAAAGUGUGAUUAUUUAACGAGUAUACUGAAUAUAUUUAGUUCAUCAGGCGGAACAGGAUCAGGAUUAGGGAGUUUUAUUAUUGAGUGCAUAAGAAAUGAAUAUCCUUCAAAGAAUAUUACAAAUGCAAUUGUGUUGCCAUAUAUGAGAGGAGAGAUUGUAACACAAAGUUACAAUAGUGUGUUGUCAUUGUCUCAUUUGUAUUCAUUGGCCGAUAAUACAAUUUUAUUCCAAAAUGAAAGAAUGCAUUACAAUUGCAAUUAUUCUCUAGAUAUUAAGGAAGUUACAUUUGAAAAUAUUAAUACACUUAUAUCUCACCAGUUGGCUUCAGUGUUUCAACCUGUAAAUAAUUUAAAUACUUGUGAUAUUUUGAAUCAUUUAAGUGCACAUCCAAAGUAUCGAUAUCUUCAAAUAAGGACUGAGCCAAAUUUUCACAAAGACAGCAUAAAAUUUGAAAGUGAACGUUUGUGGAAGCCUUUAGUAAAUUCUUUAUCGAAGCAAUCACGUUUUGAAUACACUCAGCAAGAACAAAAUAAAGUGCCAUUAAAAGUCAAAAACAUUUCAAGUGUUUUAAUUUCAAGAGGAUCUGAAAAAUUAUGUGAUAAAGAUUUAGUGCCUUUAAAAGACAAAAAUUUGUAUGUUUCCUGGUUACAGCCCACUGAUAGCUUUAAUAACUAUCACGAUAUAAAUAAUUUUUUAAGUUUAAGUAAAUCUUUAACUAAUGUUGUUAACAACAAUAAUAUUUUUGUUCCUUUGAAUUGUAUUGUUGAAGAUGCUUGGAAUUUGUUUACUAAUAAUGCUUAUUUACAUCAUUACAAAAAAUUUGUGUCUGAUUGGUCUGAGGCAGAUAAAAGAAGGCUACUUCUUGCCUUAAAAACACAUGGAUCAUAUAAUUUGGAUUUAAUACACAAAGAAAUACCGGAAAAAUCGUUGCCUGAAAUACAAAACAUUAUAAAUAAAUACAUGACACUUGGGAAGGCGCGACAAAAUGAAUACUCGAACCCUUCACCAUUAAAACAAUGGGAAAAAUUAAUAAAACAAAUAAAUCUGAGGCACAGGUAUUCCAUACUGGAUGUUUUACCCAGAGUUUUGAAAUACAUAGCAUUGUUUGAAGAAGUUACUCAGCAUGAAGAAAAUGAUAUUAAUAUUAGUGACUGCUACAAGGUCCUAUCAGAUAUAUCCUAUGGAUUGGCUUCCAAAGAAAUGGACCCAAAAACAAAUCAUUUUUUUUAUGAAUGUUUGAGGAGAUUAUCUGUAAACUUAAAAAAUCAAGACUUAGAACUUUACAAAGAGUACAUAAAUAGCCUUACUGACUUUGAGGACCUUGGCGGAAAUCAUGAACUUGAAAAGAAAAAAACUAUAAUAAAUCCAUUAAAUAUACCAGAACAACUCUUGGAGGCAACAAAUCAAGAUAAAUCAAACUUUGUAGUUGUACAGGAGUCAAACUUGUAAGGUGGUAUAUAUACAGGGUUCCAUUGCUUGUGUGGUAAUUUCUUCACCAAAAAUGAGAUAAAAUUUAAUAGUUUCUAUUAACAUGACUCCGCAGAUGCUUUGUUGUAAAGACCUGUA